AUGGCGUCGGAUGAGGGCCCAGCCUGGAUCAACAAAAAGUCUUAGGCACUAGUCCUAAGUCUAGUCCUGGUCCUUCGGGAUGGGCCGGCCGGUGGGGUCGACGCGAUUCAUCACGCGAACAUCAGCGAGGUCCGCGGCGAUCACCGCUUCGUUGUAGGCGAGCGCGGCGACCUCCUCGUCGACGAAGUAGCCGACGUGGCACUUUCUCCGGGGUUCCGAAUCAUCAAAGUAUUCAACAACUACGCGUCGUCCCUUAUCGAUGAAGAGCACUUUGAAGAAGCCAAGGCACUGUUGCGCAAGACGGUACCCGUGACACAACGCGUUCUCGGAGAGAGUGAUGACACCACGCUCAGGAUGAAGUGGUGCUACGCGUGGGCGCUCUACGGUGACGACGACGCCACGCUCGACGAUCUCUUCGAGGCCGUGGAGACGCUCGAGGAUACGGAACGGAUCGCGCGGCGCGUGCUCGGCGAUGCGCACCCGACCACAACGGGGAUUAAGUCCCACCUGCGAGACGCGCAAGCCACCCUCGACACUUUCCUCGACGCCCGCGACAUGGAAUCGUCGGAGGACGAGUAA